UCCAAGAGGGCGACAUGCUUUCUGCAACCCCCCUGUAUGGGAACGUGCACAGCUGGAUGAGCAGCGAGCGGGUCCGCAUGUGCGGGAUCAACGAAGACAGGAAAAUUCCUGUAAAUGACGGUGACGCUUCAAAGGCCAGACUGGAACUGAGGGAAGAAAAUCCCUUGAACCACAACGUGGUGGACGCGACCACUGCCCAUCGGAUCGAUGGCCUGACGGCGCUGAGCAUGGACCGCACUGGCCUCAUUCGGGAAGGGCUGCGGGUCCCGGGCAACAUCGUGUACUCCAGCCUCUGCGGCCUGGGCUCCGAGAAGGGCCGCGAGGCUGCCGCCGGCUCCCUCGGCGGGCUUGGGUUUUCCUCCGAAAGAAACCCAGAGGUGCAGUUCAAACCCAACACCCCCGAGACGGUGGAGGCCUCCGCCGUCUCAGGAAAAGCCCCCAAUGGCUUCAGCGCCAUCUACAAGACGCCCCCCGGAAUACAAAAAGGCGCGGUGCCCCCGGCAGAGGCGCUGGGCUUGGACCGGCCGGCCGGCGACAAGCAGAGCCCCCUCAACAUCAACGGUGCUAGCUACCUGCGGCUGCCCUGGGUGAACCCCUACAUGGAGGGGGCCACGCCAGCCAUCUACCCCUUCCUGGACUCGCCAAACAAGUACCCCCUGAACAUGUACAAGGCCUUGCUACCUCAGCAGUCCUACAGCCUGGCCCAGCCGCUCUACUCCCCGGUCUGCACCAACGGGGAGCGAUUCCUCUACCUGCCGCCGCCCCACUACGUCAGCCCCCACAUCCCCUCGUCCCUGGCUUCGCCCAUGAGGCUCUCGACGCCUUCGGCCUCCCCGGCCAUCCCCCCGCUGGUCCACUGCGCCGACAAGAGCCUGCCCUGGAAGAUGGGCGUCAACCCUGGGAACCCCGUCGAUUCCCACGCCUACCCCCACAUCCAGAACAGCAAGCAGCCCCGGGUGCCGGCCGCCAAGCCGGUCAGCAGCGGCCUGCCCGGGGACGCGGCGCUCCUGCUGCCGCCCUCGCCGCGGCCUUCGCCCCGAGUCCACCUGCCCUCGCAGCCCACGGUGGACACCUACUCGGAGUUCCACAAGCAUUAUGCCCGGAUCUCCACGUCGCCCUCCAUCGCCCUGUCCAAGCCAUACAUGACGGUCAGCGGAGACUUCCCCGUGGCCCGGCUCGCCAAGUACCCGAAGGCGGCAGAGGGGGCCGACAGCGCGCCGCCGGUGCCCGGGCACCCUCGGAAAGCGGCGGGUCAGGACAGGAAAGACGGGGGCUCCCCUCCUCUCCUGGAGAAGCAGACGAUUACCAAAGACGUCACCGAUAAGCCGCUGGACUUGUCGUCCAAGGUGGUGGACGCAGAUGCGUCCAAGGCCGAGCACCUGAAGAAGAUGGCCCCCACGGUGCUGGUCCACAGCAGAGCCGCGAGCGGCCUCGUGCUGGCCGGGGCCGAGAUGCCCAAGGAGACCUUAUCCCCUCCGGGGGGCGGCUGCGCCAUCUACAGAUCCGAGAUCAUCAGCACGGCGCCCUCGUCCUGGGUGGUGCCCGGGCCCAGCCCCAGCGAGGAGAGCAACGGCAAGGGGCUGCCGCUCAAAAACAAGGCCCUGGACUGGGCCAUCCCGCAGCAGCGCAGCUCCUCGUGCCCGCGCAUGGGUGGCACGGACACCGUGGUCACCAACGUCUCGGGGGCGGUGUCCAGCGCGGGCCGCCCGGCCUCCGCGUCACCGGCCCCCAAUGCCAACGCCAACGCCAACGCCGAUGGCAGCAAGACCAGCAGGGGCUCCGUGGACACCACGCCGUCCGUCAUCCAGCACGUGGGCCAGCCCCAGACCGCGCCCGCCAAGCACGGCGGGGCCGGCAGCAAGGGCGCCAAAGCCGGCAACCCGGACCCGAGCUUCAAAGCGAGCGAGAACGGCCUCCCGCCCAGCUCCAUCUUCCUCUCUCCCAACGAGGCGUUCAGGUCCCCCCCCAUCCCCUACCCCAGGAGCUACCUCCCCUACCCGGCGCCCGAGGGCAUUGCUAUCAGCCCCCUCUCCUUACACGGCAAGGGACCUGUCUACCCUCACCCGGUUCUGCUGCCCAACGGCAGUCUCUUUCCCGGGCACCUGGCCCCCAAGCCCGGCCUGCCCUAUGGGCUGCCCACCGGCCGGCCGGAGUUCGUGACCUACCAGGACGCGCUGGGGCUGGGCAUGGUGCAUCCCAUGCUGAUCCCUCACACGCCCAUAGAGAUCGCGAAGGAGGAGAAGCCGGACAGGAGGUCCCGGUCCCACGAGAGAGGCCGCUACGAGGACCUGACCCUCCGGAGCCGCUUCUCCGAGAUGCUGGAAGGCAGCAGCGCCAAGUUACACCCCGAUGUUCCCACCGACAAGACCCCGAAGCCCAGCCCCGGCUGGAGUCAGAGCAAAACCGUCAUCAAGAGCGACAAGCUCGUCUACGUGGACCUCCUUCGGGAAGAGGCAGACACUAAACCUGACACCACCGUGUCCAAACCCGCCUUUGCAGCCGACGGCAUCGGCCAGACCGCGGAGCCCGCCAAGCCCCCGGCCGACCCGGCCCUGCAGUCGCACCGCGACUUCCUGGCCCUGAGAGAGGAGCUGGGGCGGAUCAGCGACUUCCACGAAGCCUACGCCUUCAAACAGGCCCCGGGCCAGUCCGUCUUCGGCUUGAGCAAGGACAGCGUUGCAGCGGGCGCCACCAAGGAGGGCCUGGGGGUGCCCGUCUCCACCCCGUUCCUGGAGCCCCCACUCGGGAGCGAGGGCCCUGCUGUAACUUUUGGGAAAACCCAAGAGGACCCCAAACCAUUUUGUGUGGGCGGUGCCCCACCCAGUGUGGACGUCACCCCCACCUAUACCAAAGAUGGAGCUGAUGAGGCAGAAUCGGAUGGCAAAGUGCUGAAACCGAAGCCAUCGAAGCUGGCCAAGAGAAUCGCCAACUCCGCUGGUUACGUGGGUGACAGAUUCAAGUGUGUCACCACCGAACUGUACGCAGAUUCCAGCCAGCUGAGCCGGGAGCAGCGGGCACUGCAGAUGGAAGGAUUACAAGAGGACAGUAUUUUAUGUCUACCCGCUGCUUACUGUGAGCGUGCAAUGAUGCGCUUCUCAGAGUUGGAGAUGAAAGAGAGAGAAGGUGGCCACCCAGCAACCAAAGACUCCGAGGUGUGCAAGUUCAGCCCUGCAGAGUGGGAAAGCCUGAAAGGAAGUCAGGACAAAAAGCCAAAGUUGGUCGCCCUGGAGGAGGCCAUUGCUGACCAGAAUGACAGUGAGAGAUGUGAAUACGGUGUUGGCAACAAGCACGACCCCUUCGAGCCCCCGGAGAACAAGGAGCUGCCCCUGGAGUCGUACUUUGUGGACAGGCAGCCGGUGAGCGAGCCGCCCGGCGAGCAGGCCGCCGCCGACGUGCCGGGCAGCCCGGCCCUGCAGCUGGACCGGAAGCGCAAAGCCUCGGGUGACAGCCCCCACGCCGAGGCCCCUGGAGAGGAGCUGCCGGAGGACCCGCUGCUGAAAGCCAAGCGCAGGCGGGUCUCCAAAGAUGACUGGCCUGAGAGGGAAAUGACAAACAGUUCCUCUAACCACUUAGAAGACCCACAUUGUAAUGAGCUGACCAACCUGAAGGUGUGCAUUGAAUUAACAGGGCUGCAUCCUAAAAAGCAACGCCACUUGCUGCACCUUAGAGAACAGUGGGAGCAGCAGGUGUCGGCAGCUGAGAGCAAACCUGGCCGGCAGGGCAGGAAGGAAGUGACCCAGGCCAGUCAGCCUGAGGCCACUGCCCAGGGCAAUAGCCUCUCCGAAGAGAAGCCUGGCAGGAAAAGGGCAGAGACCAAAGGCAACAGAAGCUGGGCGGAGGAGGCCCUCAAGUCCAGUGACAAUGAACAAGGUCUGCCCGUGUUCGCCGCCUCUCCGCCCAUGAAGGGCCUUUCAUCCGCCACCGCGAGCGGCAAAAGGCAGACGCCGCCAAGCUGCACGCCAGCCUCCAGGCCGCCGGCCAAACAUCCGAAAAUUAAAGAAAACCCGAAGACAGAUGUGCUGUGCACGGACGAGGAGGAGGACUGCCAGGCCGCGCUGCUGCAGAAGUACACCGACGGCGGCGGCGAGAAGCCGUCCGGGAAGCGGCUGUGCAAGACCAAGCAUCUGCUCCCGCCAGAGCCGCGCCGCGGCCUGCCGCUGCCCGGGGACUACUACGUGGACAACGCCGAUGGCAAGGUGACCGUCAGGCGAGUCCGGAAGCGGCCCGAGUCCAGUUCUGACUACGAUCUGUCACCGGCUAAGCAGGACCAGAAGCCCUUUGACCGUUUGCAGCAACUGCUGCCGGCGUCACAGUCCGCCCAGCUGCCUCGCUCCAGCUCCCCUCCCGAGGCCACGCAGUCGCGCCCCAUGCCCCCCGAGGCGCGGAGACUUAUUGUCAACAAGAACGCGGGCGAGACCCUCCUGCAGCGCGCGGCCCGCCUGGGCUACGAGGAGGUGGUCCUGUACUGCUUGGAGAAUAAGAUUUGUGACGUGAACCACCGUGACAAUGCCGGAUACUGUGCCCUGCACGAAGCCUGCGCCAGGGGGUGGCUGAACAUUGUGCGACACCUUCUUGAAUACGGUGCUGACGUCAACUGCAGUGCCCAGGACGGAACCAGGCCCCUCCACGAUGCAGUCGAGAACGACCACCUGGCGAUCGUCCGCCUGCUCCUCUCCUAUGGUGCUGACCCCACUUUGGCUACGUACUCAGGUAGAACCAUCAUGAAGAUGACGCACAGCGAACUCAUGGAAAGGUUUCUAACAGACUAUCUGAAAGACCUGCAGGGCCGCAGCGACGAGGACUCCAGCAGCUUCUGGGACUUUUACGGCAGCUCCGUGUGCGAGCCGGAUGAUGAGAGUGGAUAUGACGUGUUGGCGAACCCCCCGGGGCCGGAGGACCUGCAGGAGGAUGACGAGGCCAGCAGUGAUGUGUUCGAGUUUGAGUUUGCAGAAAGCCCCCUCUUACCGUGUUACAACGUCCAAGUGUCGGUCGCUCAGGGGCCUCGCAACUGGCUGCUGCUGUCGGACGUGCUGAAGAAGCUGAAGAUGUCCUCGCGGAUAUUCCGCUGCAAUUUCCCCAGCGUGGAGAUCGUCACCAUCGCCGAGGCCGAGUUCUACCGGCAGGUUGCGGCCAGCCUCCUGUUCUCUUGCCCCAAAGACAUGGAGGCCUUUAACCCCGAGAGCAAGGAGCUCCUGGAUCUGGUGGAGUUCACGGGCGAGCUGCAGAGCCUGCUGGGCUCCACCGUCGAGUGGCUGCACCCCAGCGACACGGGCUCGGACGACUACUGGUGAGCGGCCUGUACAGUGUGUCAUAGUGUUAAUCCUGUGCAUAUGUGUCAUACGGCUAUUUCUGUAAAGAAAGGACACUAUUACAUAUGGAAAUAUCUCUUCUUUAUAUAAGAGAAACGGCUCCAGUCGGAAGGACUUCGCAACGUGGUUUUUGUUUCCUUUUUAAACUUUUAAGUCCGUUUUUAUGAAGCUGUUGUAACGUUCCUUUACUUUUCCAUGCACACACGCUUUGGGGUAUGUUUGUGGUGUGUUUUUUUUUCUUGGAAGAUUUGUUUCUUUGCUUUUCUUUUUUAAGGAAAAAAAAAAAAGAUGAGGAAAGGGAGCGAAACACUCUGAUUGAAUUUCAUACAAAGCUCCGACGGAUGGCCGAGGCCGCAACCACGUAGUGUGGCCGCAACUGUGUGGUUGGUUUGGGGGUGAAUUCGGUGAUGUUGUAAUUUUAUGUUUUGUUUACAGAGUACCUGCUCGGGUCAGGUAAAUGCUAUUGGAUGCAGUCCAGUGGCGUGUAAUAUAAAUUCAAACCAUAUCCACACACAACAACUAAUUGUAUGAAACUUUUAUAUCCUAAUUUAAAAGCUGUGAAAUUAGUUUUCACGCAUCAAACCGGAUUGUUUAUAUGUUUAAACAUUUUAUGCUCUUAUUUAAAGAAGACUUUGAGCUAUUUUUUUCUGUACCCUGUAAAAUAUUGAAAACUAACAUAAUAUGUUGAGGUUGCUUGAAAAUGUACAUAAAACUAAAAUUUUCUGAAUUGUGUGUUUAUGUUUGAAAUCUGUGUUUUAACUUUGUAAGUAAAUUCUCUGCCUUUGUAUUUAUAUUUUACAAAAAUUUUCUUAAAAGGCAAUAAACCUGUUGA